AUGAAGGGAUAUAAUGCACGGACACCUCUGCCUGCCCCUCCCUCCUACUCUCUGCACUUCCUGUCCAUGGCAGGGAGAAAAGGGCGGCAUGAGAGCAGAGAGAGGGCUGGGGGUGGCGUGAGAGCAGAGAGAGGGCUGGAUGAGUGUAGUGGGGUUGAAUUUAACCCCACUAGGAGCAGAAUCGAGGCACACACACGCCUCUGCCUCUCCCUCCCUCCUCUCUGCACUUCCUGUCCAUGGCAGGGAGACAAGGGCGGCGUGAGAGCAGAGAGAGGGCUGGGUGAGUGUAGUGGGGUUGAAUUCAACCCCACUAGGAGCAGAAUCGAGGCACACACACGCCUCUGCCUCUCCCUCCCUCCUCCUCUCUGCACUUCCUGUCCAUGGCAGGGAGACAAGGGCAGCGUGAGAGCAGAGAGAGGGCUGGGUGAGUGUAGUGGGGUUGAAUUCAACCCCACUAGGAGCAGAAUCGAGGCACACACACGCCUCUGCCUCUCCCUCCCUCCUCCUCUCUGCACUUCCUGUCCAUGGCAGGGAGACAAGGGCGGCGUGAGAGCAGAGAGAGGGCUGGGUGACUGUAGUGGGGUUGAAUUCAACCCCACUAGGAGCAGAAUCGAGGCACACACACGCCGCUGCCUCUCCCUCACUCCUCCUCUCUGCACUUCCUGUCCAUGGCAGGGAGACAAGGGCGGCAUGAGAGCUGAGAGAGGGCUGGGUGAGUGUAAUGGGGUUGAAUACAACCCCACUAGGAGCACAAUCGAGGCACACACACGCCUCUGCCUCUCCCUCCCUCCUCCUCUUUGCUCUUCCUGUCCAUGGCAGGGAGACAAGGGCGGCGUGAGAGUAGAGAGAGGGCUGGGUGAGUGUAGUGGGGUUGAAUUCAACCCCAGUAGGAGCAGAAUCGAGGCACACACAUGCCGCUGCCUCUCCCUCCCUCCUCCUCUCUGCACUUCCUGUCCAUGGCAGGGAGACAAGGGCGGCAUGAGAGCAGAGAGAGGGCUGGGUGAGUGUAAUGGGGUUGAAUACAACCCCACUAGGAGCACAAUCGAGGCACACACACGCCUCUGCCUCUCCCUCCCUCCUCCUCUUUGCUCUUCCUGUCCAUGGCAGGGAGACAAGGGCGGCGUGAGAGUAGAGAGAGGGCUGGGUGAGUGUAGUGGGGUUGAAUUUAACCCCACUAGGAGCAGAAUCGAGGCACACACACGCCUCUGCCUCUCCCUCCCUCCUCCUCUCUGCACUUCCUGUCCAUGGCAGGGAGUGAUACGCAAUGCGCGACAUUAA